UGAUCAGCUGUGUCCAAUCACAGCUGAUCACAUAGGAGAGCCGGUAAUCAGCAUUCCGCUGAGGGGACAUGUACACUGAUCAUCAGGGCACUGGUGAUCAGUGUGCCCUGAUGAUCAGUGUGGCCCGGGAAGUGCCACCUGUCAGUGUCCAUCAGUGCCAGCUGUCAGUGCUGAACAGUGCCACGUGCAAGUGCCCAUCAGUGCCACAUCAAUGCCACAUAUUAGUGCCUACCAGUGCACAUCAAUGCCACAUAUCAGUGCCCAUAUGAGCUGCCCUUCAGUGUCACCCAUCAGUGCCAGUCAGUGCCACCUUUCAAUACCAAUCAGUG